GUACGGCGAUUGAUACGGCUCAGUCGGUGUACUCUACGCGGAGUAAUCGAAUACGUUUGCGAGGGGUAGGGGAUGCAGUGAUGGAGGAGACUAAGGCAGAUGUAUCUGCUACAGCAACAGCAGCAGGCUCGGCGACGUCUAGUGUUUCUUCUACG